UCACGUGGUAGUUUAAUAGCUAAGUGGGGUUUUACCACAGCAGAUCAAGAAUAUACAGAGAAUCUUGCUAAGAAAUUUGUAGAGGAAGCGCAAAAACCAUUUUCUGUCGACUUAUUGGUGCUUUCAAAAACGGUUCCAGCUAAUUAUUCUAUCCAAUGGGAACAAAUACCUUCCAUUUUACAGCUACAGCCAAGUGCCUUUGAUCCAAAACACGACCGAGACUACCGCAGUUGGCCAGUCCAUGAUUCCGAGCAGCAACGGGGUAAUCGUCCGUAUUACCGUCCGAUCGGUUGGUAUCGCCAUGCAUUGAGUGUCAUAGAUAAAUAUCCUGGCGACGAGCAUUGGGUGGGUAUGAAUAACGGUGUCGGAGAAUGGCCUGUUGCCUACCAUGGUACCAAAAAGGGAGCUGUGUCACCGAUUAUAAAAGACGGACUGAAGGCAGCUGGCGUGGAUGCAUACAGAAACCAAGUUGUAAAAGAUAAAGGUCUUGAGGCCCAAUAUGGCAUCUAUCUUGCGACACAUUGCAACAAAGGAGCAGAUGCACAGCGAUAUGCUGAAACGUUUACAGUAAAAAUGCCACCGGGUAUGGCGUCCGAGGAAGCAGCAUAUAAGGUUGUGCUCCAAUGUCGCUACAAUAUUAACACGUUUACUGAACAUUCUUGGACCUGGACACCCGAGCCGUUUGAUCCCUUAGCUAAGGAAAUACGCGUGUAUAAGAUGGACGGUGUCCGUCCGUACGGUAUCUUGCUGAAAAAAGUGAAUCACAAUGCCGAACCUAAUUUAACUGGUGUGUGGAUCUGUGAUGACAAUGAGCAUAACGUACAAGAUGCUGGCACGUAUUUCGUUAGCCAAUUUGGUGAAAAGGUUUUCUGGUUUGGACGGCAAUAUAAGGCGCCGUGGAAUUUCGCUAAUGUUAGCUAUGGUACUAUAAGUAGAAAUGAUAGAAAGUUGCCGAUACUGUGGGGUGAUUUACCACUCGGACAUAAUAGACUUUUUGGCAGAUUAAUAUUAGAAAUAUCACCAGAUUAUCAAAUAAUGGUAAAAGGAAACGGUAGUGACAAAAUAUUUGGCGGUACUCACUUUCGUCGAGUACCAAACCAGCAUUUAGAUAAAUUUGAGGUUGAUGCCAAUAUGAAAUGGAGCACCACAACCAAUGACAUGAGUGGUUGUUGGAAAGGGAACGAUGGGACAAAAUAUGCAAUUGGUACUUGUCAAAAUCAAAUAUAUUGGUUAGGAAUCGAUGAAACGAACAGGCGAUCACAUGUUGGUGUUGGCACAAUCAGUGGCAACAUCAUUACUGUCAAUUGGGGUGAUAUAAUGAGUGCUCAAGAAAGAUUUCAUGGUGAAAUAGAAUGCCAGCUCCAAUCACCCUAUAAAAUGAUUGUUGUCAACUGCAUUUGCGGGCCUUUUUUUACAAAAGAGUUAACAAAAAUCAGUUGA